UCCGCCGCCUCAAGCGCUUCUUCCACAACUUCUCCGGCAACCUCGGCAUCCCCCGCUUCCGCCCCCAGCGAAGCCGCAAGCCCGUCUACUGCACCUCCGAGGACGAAAGCUUCGACUUCGAGCCCGAAGCCAGCCCUGGCGACAUGCCGCCAACCACCGACACCGAAUAUACCUACACCUACCGCUGACCACGUGACCGAUUGCAUAAACAAAAUUGACAUAAACUUACUUAAACUGUUCAGUACCGCCCCAAAUUUAUACGCAAGUGCACGCGCGACCCCGGCGCUAGCGCGAAACGCUUUGAGGUUAUGUAACCCGCGGCCCCCGAGGCGUUUUUGCGCCGGAAAAGCGGGAGUCGCGCUGGGGGUGAGUCUGUUGACGUGGCUGGGCUUCCGGGACGAGGACAAGGACAAGGAGUCGGAGUUGAUUAUGACGCUGAAGAGGGCGGUGUUGUGUACGAAGCGGGAGCAGUAUGAUAAGGCUGAACAGAUGCUGCACUUAGCGCUGCGACUGGCGCAGCAGGAGCAGAAUCACCAGGGGGUUAUUUAUUGUUUUGAUUUGAUGGCGAAUUUGGCGAUGGAUCGGUUGCAACUGGACAAGGCGGAGAAAUUAUUCGUUAGUGUUUUGCAGUUGUUGUUGGGGGAUGGGGUCAAAGAAAGUGACUUAAAAGUUAUUCAUGUUAGUUUGAAAUUGGCGCGAAUUUCGCAGUUGAAGGCUGACAUUGAGAAGGCUCAAAUGGGGUACAUGUGGUGUUUGGAGAAUAUUGAAAAGCAGAAAAAUGAUAGUGUGGAUGCGGAGAUGUUGUAUGGGGUGAUUCAGGACUGGUAUGCGCAGUUUUUGCUCGAUGUGGGGGACGCUCCUAAAGCUGUGGUUCAUUUGAGUGAGGCUUACAAUGUUUGUAAACGUACCAAGGGCCCCAAUAGUGAACAAAGUAUGCUCUUGUUGAACGAUUUGGGGACGACGAGCUUCAGAGCAGGUGAUAUCGAGAGGGCUCAGGGGUACUUAAAAGAAGCCAUUUCAGUGGGGCAGUGCGUUGAAGAUAAAUCCCACUUGGGGGUGGUCCAUGCAAAUUUGGGUCUGAUUUUGUUGCAGAAAGGGGUUGCCAAAGAAGCCGAAAUUUAUUGUUCAGAGGCGCUAAGACUAGGAAAAAAACACGAAAAUAACGAAUCCGUGGAGCAAGCGAAGUACUGUUUCGACCAAAUCAAAUUGGCUUUAGGAAAAUAAUUUUAUUUAAUGAUUGGAAUUGUAGAAAUAAAUUGUACGACAAUAA